AUGGCAUCUCGGCAUCGAUUUCUCGAGCGAUCAAUCACAACUGUGACUUUUCAUAAUCGUCUCACGGAAGAAGACGCAAUGUGGCGUCAACGUGAACAAGAACGAGAGACAAAUCCUGUUCAACGACGACAACGAUCACGAUCACGCUCGCCCCGUUCCAAAAAGCACCGACAUCGAUCAUCAUCGUCAUCUGAAGAUAGAAGCAGCGUGAAAAUAAUUAGCAAUCCGCAGACAGAAGCUGAAUUUGGUCCACCAUUGCCAAGCAAUCUUGGAGUCGACGCGGAUCGAUGGGAUCAUGCAUUUUUCAUGCAGAAAUAUCCCAAAGAUUACGAACGACAGAUAAACAAAUCCAGACGAAGAGACUCAACGAGCAGUAGUGAAGAUGAGAGGAAAAAGAAGAAACAUUCAAAACAUGAUCGAAAGAAACGAAAGAAAGAAGAGCAUAAGAAGAAAACAAAACGAAAACGUCGAUCAAGAAGUUAA